AUGAUUCAUAAAUUGGAUUUGCCGGCCACCAGUUAUUUCGUUUUGAUGGGAAUGAAAAUACUAGCCCACAUUCUUAUCGCUGUUAAGAAUACAUUUGCCGCUGAAAUGUUAUCUGUACCGAUGAUUCCGGUUAGCAAUAUCGAGCUACUUUUCGUUUUAGUCGUGUUUGGCAACAAGAAAAUCAUUUUGGGCGGAGUUUACGUUCCACCGGUAAGCGGCUCUGAUAUCUAUGAUAGUCAUAUACACUCAGUUGAAUUUCUUCAUUCACAAUACUCUGAUAACGAGUUUAUUUUUAUGGGUGAUUUUAACUUACUGUCAGCGAACUGCGACGACUCUAAUUUAGGUGUCCAUUUCUCUCCUUCUUCUACUCAAUCAGAUUUUAUAUGA